AUGUGGGCCACCAGACCCCACGUCGACAUCCCAGGGCCGCCCACAUGGCCCAUCAUCGGGAAUGUUCUGGACUUACUCGAGGAUCCAGUGACUCUCCACAAGAUUCGAGACUUCCACCGCCAGUACGGAGACUUGACGAGGUUCUACGUGGGCCCGAAAUUGGUGAUAAUGGUCGCUCACCCGGACGACGUGCAACACGUCCUGGUGACGUCCAAGAUGGUAGAACGAGAUCCCCUCACCACGAACGUCAUGCGGACCAUCGUCGGCGACGGAUUACUCACCCUCAACGGUAGCCGGUGGAAGACGCACCGCAAACUCAUCAACCCCACGUUCCACUCUGAGCUGCUGGGGAAUUUCCUGGAGGCGUUCCACGAGGGCGGCCUCUUCCUGAGCGAGCGGCUGGCCAGAGACAGCGCGGGCGGCGCCGCCCCCGCAGACGUGCACGCCCCGGCCUUCUUCGCCGCGCUGCGGAGCAUCUGCAGCGCCGCCACCGGCGUCGACCCCGACCGGCUCAUACCGGACGAUGUAUCGGAGCACGAGGUCUCUGCGAUGGUCGCAGACGGCAUGACCCUCAUGCAGAAGAUGAUGGUGCGGCCGUGGUUGCGGAGCAAGUUGCUGCUCCGUCUGACUUCACAGGGCCGCGCCAUCUUCAAGUACUACGCGCAGCUGCGGGAGCGGGUAGAGGAGGUCAUCGCCAUGAGGUCGGCGGCCACAAAGGAGGGACCAGCCAAGACGCGGCGGCGUCUGCUCGAGACUCUGGUGAAGCCUGGUGGGCAGACCGUCCUCCCAGUCUCGGAGGUCCGGGACGAGCUGGUGACUAUGGCACUGACCGCCACCGACACGACGGCUGUGUGCAUCAGCUACGUGCUGGCGGUGCUGGCGCUCCACCCAGAGUGGCAGGACGCGGCCCACCGGGAGCUGAAGGACGUCUUCGGCGAGGGAGACGACUACCUGCGUGCUGCCAGCAUCGCAGAGCUGGCCAGCCUCAGGGUCUUGGAGAGCAUCAUCAAGGAGACGCUGCGGCUGUUCCCGGUGGUUCCGCUGAUCCCUCGGAUGGUCACGGAGGACAUCUGGUUAUCCAGAGGGCGGGUACUAGUCCCGAAGGGCGCGAUGCUGGCCAUGGUGCCCUUCCUCACGCACCGCCUGCCGCAGUUCUUCCCAGAGCCGCUGAGGUUCGACCCUUCGCGCUUCCUGGAGGGUCGAGGCGACGAGGACCACCCCUGCAGCUACCUGCCGUUCGGAUUGGGCGCACGCAGCUGUGUGGGCUCCCAGUACGCGCGCCUCGAGAUCAAAGUCUUCCUGGCGACCGUCCUGAGACGCUACCGGUUCCUGCCGCACAGCCGCUGGGAGGACCUCGAACACACCGCGCUCACCAUCACCCUACACACCGUCAAGCCGAUCGAGGUCUACUGUGUGCCUCUGCAAGAGUCUGGCCUGUAG